AUGAGUGGUAUCCCAUCUCCUCAUGCCGAAUACAAUGCAUUGGCGACCUCACUGAAAGUGGGCGCCCUGAGUGGCUCUGCUGGCCUCGUCUACGGCGGCAUUUCAGGUGUGAUCCGAUCGCCGCAUCCUGUCAUACAUUCCAUCUCCCAUGGUAUCCACUGGUUUGCGUGUGGAACCUCGUUUUGGUGGUUGAGGGGCAAUAUCCUGAAUGUUUACUACGAGGAUAAGGCGACCCCCAAGCAGCGCACCUAUGCCAGCGCUGUUUCUGGUGGGAUUUCUGGUGGUGUUGUGACCAGGUUGAUGGGUGGCCGGCUUGUCCCCGGACUGGUUAUUUUCUCUUUACUGGGGUAUGCUGGACAGGCCUCGUACAAUGCUGUUGAUAGAUGGCAGCUGGGGCAGGCGAACAUGCAGUCCAAGCCGUUCCUUGACCGCUUGGCCGAGUCGAAAUGGGUCCCGCUCAAGUCGCUCUCCGAUGACGAGUACAGGGGGAUUCUGGGCGAGAAGUUGCUGAGUAUUGAGGCGGAGAUUGCUCUGAUUGACGACAAGAUUGAGGAGCUUGAGAAGGCUAAGCUGGAUGGCAUGACUGCGUCGACUGUGCAGGAAUCGUGA